GCACUGGAACUAUUCACACGAUCCCUUUUGGCGAAAAAGUUUCUGUUGAAAAAUAUGAGUACCCCAUAAAAUCGUUAUCUAUCAAUAUCCUCAAGAAGUAUAUCUGGGAACGGGAAAAGGAUAUUCUUAAAGACCUUACUAACCACGCUUCCAAACUGGAAUUUUGGCAUGUUAAUGUCGAAGAAGUUGUUGAUGUUUUUAACGAAGACGAUAUUGUACAAAAACUUGGAGGAAAUAAAAUGAAACCUAAUUUUCUGUUUAGCGACUAUUUUAUUUCGCCGAUGUACAUCCUUUCUGACGAAAUUAAAAUUGAAAUUAAAAAUAAAGUUAUGAAGACCUUUCCACACAUAAAUGCCUUUUCAAUUGACCAGCUUGUUAACGCACUCGCCUUGAUUUGGCACGUUGAGGCAAUGGAAAGUGACUCUCCAGGCCCACAAAAUGACCCGUAUAUUGAACUGAAGCAGAAACCUGCUUUUUUCAAAAUAAAUUUGCCCCGUGGUAUAACUAAACAAACUCUCACAAAAGUUGAUCUGUGUCUACCUUCUUACGGUAAAUCCGGAACGAAUUAUAACAAUCCCUUUUAUGAUGAUCCACCAUUCAAAGAAACGGUUUCUCUUGUGCAAAAGAAGAUUGAAGAAGAGCCGAAAGACAUAAUUGUGCUCGCUGGGGUUUCAGGAGGUGGAAAAACAUCGACAGCAUUCGGAAUUGCCGUGCAACGUUGGUCAAUCUAUAUUGAUUGUUCUCCUAUUAUAGGGCAAUAUGACGCCCAUUUGACAUCAGAGCUUCAAAGAAUCAGAGGUAUAAAACCUAAGUUUGAUCGUAUUGAUCAACAAAAUGAAGCAUUUCACAUGCUGGACAUAGCGGUAGUCUCACGCGGACUUUUACUUGUUAAGAUGAUUAUUGAGGGAAAAGUUUUAACACCAAAGGAAUGGCUGUUUGUACAGAUCCAACCGAAUGAUUCUGAAGUCCGAAGUAUCUUAGGCCUUAAAAAAUAUGAUACUCUUACUAUUACUACACUUAUCAAAAAGAUUAAUGCUUGUCUCAAAGUAUCUAAUCUAACCUUAAUAUUUGAUGAGGCGCAAAUCCUAUGUGGAUUCGAAUAUGGAAAAUAUCAAGGGAGUUCAGUUCCUGGUAAAGAAUGGAAUCUUUUGCAAGGUUAUGUAGCACAUCUUCUCAAACAUCCCAUUACCUGCCUUCUUGCCGGCACAUACAUGCAUAUGGCGAGCGGAAUUUCUCUUAUCACUUCUGUUGGAAAAGUUCCAAAUUUGCAUACUCAUAUUGUACUAAAACUUCCCUUUCUCUCACAUGAUGAUGUCUUGCGGAACCUUGAUGCCGUAAUUGACCUGACGCAUGUUACGCCCGAAACUCGCAACCUCUUGGGAUAUAUUCUCAGGGGGCGACCUCGAAACUGUGCAUCAUUUGUUCAGCUGUUAAUAUCAAAGCAGAGAUCGAAUGGUAGAGCGAAAGAUUUAGUGUUACAAGAAUUUAUUUGGUCGUGGUAUAACAAAAUUUGCUCUGACAUGGCAAAAUAUUUGGAGAACGCGUGUGAAUAUUUUGGUGCGAAUAAUCUCAAUCCAGAGACAGCGAUUAUGGAUGUUCUUAGACUUCGUGUUUUUUAUAAUCAUAAGUUCAAGGAAGCUCUUCUCCAGCACAGCAUCAUUCCUUGUCAGUCACCAGAAUGCAUUGUUCUUGGCCCUAAUGAUAAACAUUCUAAUGAAAUCGAAAUAAACCCAUCGCUUGAAUCUUACCUUAUCGACAGCAUUGGAUUAUUUCUUGAAAACACACGAGGGAAAAAAAUGGUAGAUGUCUUUGUUGAUAACAUUAUCAUGCUCAAUAAUAUUUCAUCAAUCGGCAAUGAAUUUGAUGCGGUCUUUAUUACGGCAAUCAUUCAGAAACGUGGGAUUAAUGUACGAAACGAACUUAAUAAAUGGAAAAAUGGACAACAAUUUGACCUUCCUUCAUGGAUCACUCCCAAGAUGAAGUUUAUUACAACUUCAAAUCUAUCAGGAAGCGUUCCUAUAGCCAAAUAUGUUAAUGAUAUGACCUAUUGUUCUUAUGCAAUUCAACCAGACAUAUACUCAGGAUCAGACGUGAGAAGUAAAGUCAAAGAACAGUUGAUCAAGUCAUGUAUGAGGUUUCAAAUUAUGGAAUGUCCAAGAAAGAGGAAAAAUGAUGUGGAAUUUUCUUAUAAGGAACCAAAACGCCUCCAAAUUGGUCUUAGUAGUAGUAGUAUUUUACCGAAUGACUUCACAUCUAAUGAAGAGGACAACUUAGAAAGAGAGGAGUAUGACCAAGAUUUAAAUUAUGAUGAUUUGGAUUAUGAUUUGAACUACGCCGAAAACACCAAGAACUACCGGAUAUCUAGGCUUCCACAUAGAGCUAUCAAAAGAUCAGAGCUGUUUCGGUUCAAUGAAUAUGGUGACCUCGUGAUUAUUGUGGACGAUCGUAACAUGGAAUAUGUUUUUGGACCAGCUAUUAAGAAGCUAGUGGAAAGGAUUAGCAAAAAUCAGGAAAAUUCGAUGGAUGAAAAAGAAUAG